UUAUAUCUUAAUUUAUUAAUUUGAUAUUCUCUCUUUUUAACUUAAAUUUUCUAUUGUAUGCCGACGAAGGAUACUAAGCUUACCUCUACACCCCAUAUUUUUGGGGCCUUCUGGAAAGUUUUUUUAUCGGUUGGCUGCCAAUAAUAUUCUCGAUUUUAAGGGUAGGACUGGUGAAAUUGUCUUGGCAAAGAUGCAUAAGGGGACUGAUCAACAGGACUGGACUCAAUAUGUGCCUAAUGAAGGCCGAUUUGUUGCUAUAUUGCAAAAGAAUGCAAAUGUAUCAGAUGAUGUACAAGCAUUUCUAAGAUACGAGCAAAAUGUAGUCGCCCAUGCUAAUCAGGGCGUUGCUAAAAGGAGGAAGUUGGCCUCACAGACCAAGUCAAAUACGUGGAUUGCGGACACUGUGGAGGAGGUUGUUGCUCGCCUCGACAGGAUAUGGUCGGGGUUUCUCAAUUCCAUUCAUAGGAUUUUUAGCAAGCAUAAUAUUGUCAUUCAAGUUGAUGACCAGUGGCUGGAGUAGUCCACUUAUUAAUGUUUUUUUGUACAUAGGAAUCUUAAUGCAAUUUUUACUAGUUCAAAUGAAAAUUUAGCAUUUUGUUCCAUAUAUUCAUUUAUGAGAAUGUAAGUUUUUCUCAUUGUAAACACAGGGAAACUGUUGUUAGUGUUGUUCUUUUAAGUAAAUAUUUUUUCAGAAGAAUAAUUUGGAUCGGUGAUAAUGAAAUCCAAAAAAUUUGCACUGUA